AUGGCUCUGCACACGAUGAAUGGGAGUGCGGCGGACGUGUCGGCGGGUUGUGCGCAGCAGGGGAACCUCAGCAUGGAAGUUACCGACUAUAAUAUCAGCUGCAAGAACGGCUCUGUCGUCCCCAGACCGGCCAGAGGAGUCAAAGACAUGGACUCUUUCCGCAUCCUGCUCUACUCUCUCAUCUUCCUGCUCAGCGUCUUCGGCAACCUGCUGAUCAUCGUGGUCCUGAUGCUGAACAAGCGUAUGCGGACCGUCACCAACUCCUUCCUGCUGUCGCUGGCGGUCAGCGACCUCAUGAUGGCCAUCUUCUGCAUGCCUUUCACCCUCAUCCCCAACAUCCUGGAGGACUUCAUCUUUGGAGAGGCCAUGUGCAAGACUAUGUCCUACUUUAUGGGGAUCUCUGUCAGCAUCUCCACCUUCAGCCUUGUGGCCAUUGCCAUUGAGAGAUACAGCGCCAUCUGUAACCCGCUGAAGUCCCGCGCGUGGCAGACCAGAUCCCACGCCUACCGCGUCAUCGCUGCCACCUGGGUGGUGUCACUGCUAAUCAUGGUGCCCUACCCGGUGUUCAGUGUCCUUAAGUCUUUCCCCAAGGCCAACAGUACUCUUGGCCACAUGUGUCGCCUUGACUGGCCCAGCGGGCAAGCUGAGCAGACCUGGUAUGUGUUGCUGUUGUUCACGCUGUUCUUCAUCCCGGGAGUGGUAAUGAUGGUAGCGUAUGGUCUGAUCUCCAGAGAGCUCUUCCGAGGCAUUCACUUUGAGUUGGGCCAGAACAGAGAGAGCACCGGCCAGAAAAACGGUGUAGGAAAGGCUGUCACAGGGUCCAAUGAUGAUGACGAUGGUUGCUACAUCCAGGUGUCUAAAAAACCCUCCUCUGCUGUGGAACUCCCCACUCUCUCUGCCUCAUCUGGCGCCACCCGGGCCAAAAUUGAGCGCCCCCGCAGCAACACCUCAGAGGCCAAGCUGCAGGCUAAGAGGCGGGUCAUUCGCAUGCUGAUGGUGAUCGUGGCGCUCUUCUUCAUCUGUUGGAUGCCCCUGUUCUCCGCCAACACAUGGAAGGCCUUUGACCUGAGGUCAGCCUCCAAAGCCCUCUCGGGAGCGCCCAUCUCCUUCAUCCACCUGCUGUCCUACACCUCAGCCUGCGUUAACCCCAUCAUUUACUGCUUCAUGAACACCCGUUUCCGCAAGGCCCUGCUGUCCACCUUCGCAUGCUGCUGCCGCAACCGGCUCUGUCGCUGGUGGUGCAGGAGGAAGGAGGGAGCAGAAGACGGUGUCACCGCCACCUCCAUGGCCACUUCCAUGGCCACCUCCAUGUCCAAGUUUAGCUACACCACCGUCAGCACCACGGGCACCUGCUGAGCCUGCAGGAGAGAGCUGGGGGGUGCACAUCCGCGGCCGUCAGGGCAGCGGCUAAUGUGUGCACCGUCUGUUUUUGUCUGUAUCUUUCAUUUUUCACUCUUCAUCUUGAUAUGCUAUGAGUCAUGCACUGAGUAAUAUCCUCGCCUUUAUUUAUCAGGCCUUUUUAAAAGGUCUCCUUCAAAUUCUGUGUGCAUGGUUGCAGAAUGUGAUGCCGGGAAAAAGCUGUUUUAGUCUGGCGACAUUUUUCUUGUGUUUAAUUGGCAGCAUCCGCUUUGUUGCAUCCUGCAGAGAACAUCAAGUGCCUGUGCUCUUUGUGUGGCUUCGUUUGUCAUGGUCGUUUGUUCACUAGCUGGCAGAGAUUUUAGUGAAAAACUGCGUUGAAUAGCCUGUGUACCUGUAAAUACUGUCUUAAUGUUCUUACUGUGCCAAAGGAACACUUUUGACAGAGACAUACUGUUGAACAACGAGGACUAUUACCUCAGCUAUGAAUCAGUAUAGAUUUUCUUUUGUGUUUAAUGUUGUUUCAUCUUCAUUCAUUAAGGGCAUCAACCUCUUGCUUUCUCUAUGUUAUCAGAAUUAUUUUACUGAAGGCUACACAGGGCAACCUUGAAUAUUGCUGGGUCCCUAAUUUCUGAAAUAUUUAAACAACAAAUCCUUCAAUUUACACAAAGAUAUCAAAGUUAGUUAGUCCAGUCCAGCUUUUUGUCAGCUCUAACUUAGUGUUUCACUCUUAGUGAGUUAUGUUUCAUCACUUCUUAUGUGUGCAU